UACACUCUCCUCUUUCAAACUGCGCCAUUCCCCUCAGCUGUCAACAUGGCGGGUACAGUGGCAAAAAAGUGUCUCAGUCCUCUGACUUUCCUCACCAGGAGGCUCUCAGCUCCGGAGUUCAUCACCCAGUGCUGCUACCACAAGAAGGUGGUGGAUCACUAUGAGAACCCAAGAAAUGUGGGAGCAUUGGACAAAAGCUCCAAGAAUGUUGGGACUGGUUUGGUGGGAGCUCCAGCUUGUGGAGAUGUAAUGAAGCUCCAGAUUGAGGUGGAUGACAUGGGGAAGAUUGUGGAUGCCAGGUUCAAAACCUUUGGCUGUGGUUCUGCUAUUGCCUCCAGCUCUCUGGUCACCGAGUGGGUGAAGGGAAAAUCUGUGGACGAAGCUUUGACAAUAAGGAACACCGACAUUGCCAAAGAGCUCUGUCUUCCACCAGUUAAACUUCACUGCUCCAUGCUGGCAGAGGAUGCAAUCAAGGCUGCCCUGGCCGACUAUCGCCUCAAGCAACAGGACGACCAGCAGGAGGCAGUCAGGGCCAGCAAUUAAACAGAGCCCUCUCACUCUGAGCUGCCACUGUUUGCUUCCUGCUGUCAAGAAGAGAAGUAGCAGUAGUCCAGCAUCCUCACUCUCCUGCAGUAUUGAUGAGGCACACCUAAUAUGUUGAUGACCAGUACACCAUCGUCAACCCUCUGUAGCAGUGUAACACCAAGCUUCAUGUAUUAGUCUGUGAUCCUCUCUUACCCGGCACACUGUAUCUCUUAGCCUGUCAAGUAAACGCACAAUGUAAACACUGUUUGGGCUGUUGGUAUGAAGGUGAGCCUUAUUUUUGAGACUGUGAUAUAUCUUAAGAUUUUGUGCUUUGUAGGGCUGUCCUCGACUCAAGACAUCCUUAGCCGACUAUCACGCACCUGAUUUUGUCGACUAAUUGAUCCAUUGAUUAAAAUGAUACAUCAGUAAAACUGAGUUUCUCCACAAAUUUAAACGCACAACUUUGAAUCUUGUCUUUACCAGUGAUGUAAUCAGGGGUUUCUUGGAAUUCGUCAUUCUGCAUGAAAACAGAAUAACAAAUGAGUAAUCGACUAAAGAAAUCUCAGUCGACUAAGACCAAAAUGAUCAAUUAGUCCUCGUAGUCGGCUAACUGACUAAAAGAUGGCAGCCCUUCUGCUUGGGGAGUGUUUGGUUUGAAUGGUGAUGGAGAUAAUGAUCAAAGCUAAAAGCUGUAUCCUAUCUGCACCCUAAACACUGACCUUUUGAUAUGCAAUUAUGCAAAGUGGCUUGAACCAAUGAAAGGGUCCACUGGUUUUAAGUGUAAUUUAUGAUUAUUUAGUAAUGCUUCCUGCAAUAAAACUAUCCUGAAACCAAAA